AUGGUGAACGCUCAUGAGCCGCUGCAGGCGCUCGCCCCCGUCGACUGGACCGACCUUCCUCAGGAUGACCUAGCCGCCUACAUCAACGAGCUCUUCUCCCAGGCCAUGAUUGUCGUCGAGUCGAUCCCGUCGCCGUCUUCUGCCGCCGCGCCCGCACCCUCUGGACGAGCUCGCGCCAAGACUGAGUCUGCCGUGCUGCUCAACGAUGUCCAGCGGUCUCGCACUCUGCGUCAGCCCCCCGCCAGCUUGGAGGCUGCUGUGGCGCUGCGUAAAGAUUGGAAAGAGAUCAAGGUCAACCCCAGAGACAACCCUCUGGGCAUCAAUGUCUUCAAAAUGUCCAGCAAGGAUGGCAAGGGGGCUUGGUUCGCCCGGCAGAGUGUCCACGAGGGACUGUCGUUUGACGAGUGGAGAGUCGGCCUGGAGCGUGAGUUUGCCGAGAGCUUAAAAGUACAAGGCUCGCCGGGCGUUGGCAAUAUCAGAGGCAUUGGAGCCGACAGGCACGUAGAAGACAGGGACAUUGACGGUGCUGGCCAUCUCAGUGUCUUUCAACUAUCCGCCCAGUUUCCAGGUCCUACUUCACCACGAGACUUCAUUACCCUCUUGCUAACGUCUGACCUCUCUCACAAGGCAGAAGAUGGAGCAAGGGGACUGCGCCAAUAUGUCAUAGUCUCAAAACCAUGCAACCACAGUGAAUGUCCCCCUCGCCAGGGCAUCAUCCGUGGGCAGUAUGAAUCUGUGGAAAUCAUCCGUGAGGUUCACGUUGAGCCGUCCGUCGCCAAGCGCUCAAUGUCCGCCGUCGACCUGGCCGCCAACGAUGAGCAUGGCACAAAUUCCGAUAUCAAAAUGGGCAACUCGGAGCGCCUCCACGAUGCUCGGCCAGUCGCCGUGGAGUGGCUCAUGGUGACGCGCAGUGAUCCUGGCGGCAGCGUCCCGCGAUUCCUCAUCGAAAAAGGCACUCCGCCUGGCAUUGUCGGCGACGCUGGCAAAUUCCUCAAAUGGGUCACAGCCGGGUCCCGCCGGGGAUGGGAUGAAUCUACAACUACAACAACCGAGAAACAGCGAUCAACGGAGAAUGCAGACCAGCAAGAUGUACCAGCAGUCCCAGCAAACACCAAAGCUACGAUGGCAAAAGAACUCACACGCAGCGACAGCAUGUCGCAGAGCAAUGAAGGCGACGAUGGCUCAGUACCUAGCAGCAACGGCAUCUACGGCAUCAUUACAGGCAUAUUUGGCGUUGCGUCUUCGGUCGUCGCCAAUGGUCUAGGUCUCAGCUACGCCAGCAGCGAAGAGACCAUCUCCACCAUUCCCGCAAUCAACGUUCCGGAGGAGGAAGACGGCGACCUGGAGAGCGACACCUCAUCCGUCCGCUCCUUUCUCUCCGCCCUCGAAAAGCGCCUCACCGACGAGCCCGGCGCCAAGCGCGACGGUAGCCCGUCCGAGGACUCCCGAUCCACCACCGCCACCAACACCACGAACCUCGCUCCCAGCCGAGCCGCCACCAUCGGCCCCGCCGGCGAGAAGGAGCUCCGCAAGCUGCAGGAGCGCCGGCGCAAAAUCGACGACAAGAUGGUGCAGAUGCAGUCACGGUUGCAGAGCAAGAGCCAGGGCGACCGCGCCAAGGACGAGGCGUCGCUGGCCAAGCUGCGCGAGAAGCUGGACCGCGAGGCCGCGCGGCAGGAGGACAAGUACCGGCGCGAGCUGCAGAAGCUCGAGGAGCGGCGUGAGAGCGAGGCGCGCAAGGCGGAGCGCCGCCGCCGCAAGGCCGCCGACAAGGAGGAGAAAUCGAGCCUGGCGCUGGAACUGGAGCGCGCGCGCGCGGAGCGCGACCUGGCCUGGCAGCACAACCGCAUCCUCGAAGGCCAGGUCCGCGAGCUGCAGGCUCAGAACACGCAGCUCGUGGCCAGGCUGGGCAGGAUGGGCGGCAUGAGCAGCUCGACGCUGCCGCUGGGCAGCACGACGGAGAUUGUGGCGGAGAAACAGACCUAA